AUGGAAAAAUCUGUUCGUGAAGAAAAUUAUUUACUUGAAAAACUCCACUGAGAUCUAAUAAAUAAUUAUUUUUGGUUUGAGAAAUUGAGUGCGGAGAAAAUGACGAUUGGAAUAACGAAGGAAAUGAAGAGUAAUAAAGGGGUGCUUAUGAAGACAAGACAUCCGAUUGGGUUUGUAAGGCUGUUUGGAGUGUUUAUUGAGCAGGAAGAGGUGAAGAAUGAAGCGAAGAUGGCUCUUACUUUAGAAGGGGUUAGGGAAGUUGAGAAGUUCAGAUUUAAGCUUGAUAUUAGGAAGCCAAUAAAGUAUGAGAGAUACCUUCUAAAAGGCCUUUAUAAAGUCCAAAAUUGUCUCCACUUACAAGACUGCCAUUUGACCAAAAAUCAAUUCCGAAAACUAAUCCAAACCGGUCGACAUAUCCCCCACUUCAAAUUCCAAAAUUGCACACUGGACCUCACCAACCUCACUUUCACCCCAACACUGACCUUCUCCAUUAAAUUCCUCGAAUUCGAAAGACCCUCCUCCACCUAUCCCUCCUCAGGAAGCUCUCCUGCCCUAUACCUCCAAAAAGACUGAGUGUACAGCCUAAUGAAAUCUAUCGCAGAGAGUAACCUUCAGAGAUCCCUCCAAAAGUUGGCAGUCGACAUUGAAUUACUAAAGCCUGAUAUGCUUCAGUGGAAAAGAGAUUUUGGGCUGAAAUUGUUAAGGAUUAUUUAA